AAAGCUUACUUAAGUAGUGAAUAAGAAUGGUUGGGUGGAAAAUAACAGGCAUUGUGUUGUUGUGCAUUGCUUCAGUGACAAGUGUGCCAAUAAUUGAUAAUGAACAACCACCACAACUAACAGUUCAAGAUACUGAUCCUGAAUCAUAUGACUUCUUAGCGAGUACACUUGAAGGGAAGGAAGUGAAAUUUAAUGAUGAAGACGAUGAAGUGGAAUAUCGUCUUCCAAAUAACACAAUUCCUUUGAAAUAUUAUUUGUGGCUUUCAACUAAAGUUGAUCAGGAGAUUUUUGAAUUUUCUGGUCGAGUGAGAAUUCAUAUCAGAGUUUUGGAACCGACACUACUCGUCAAAUUACAUGCCAGACAAUUAAAUAUUGAAUCGAUUUCAUUAGUUAAUGAAGAAGGCGAUAUUCUGGCUUCUCCAUUACUUUCCAACUAUGAUCUGCAAACGGAAAUUCUUUUAAUUGUUUUACCAAAUGAAUUUGCAACAGGCGAUGAGCUCUUUUUACAUAUUGAGUACAAUGGGAUUCUCAGAGAAGACGGUUCUGGUUUUUAUCGAGCAAGUUAUAUAGACAGUGAUGAUAAAAGAGUUUGGUUUGCGACAACACAAUUUGAAAUGACUGAUGCAAGACAUGCAAUGCCUUGUUAUGACGAACCAGGUCUACGUGCCAUUACCUCACUUUCAAUUCAACAUUAUGGAGCUUACACUGCCAUCUCAAACAUGCCAGUAUUGUCAAGAGAAUCUGUUGAGGAUGACCCUGAUUAUGUAACCACCACUUUUAUGGACACUCCACCAAUGCAAUCUUAUCUUCUCGCCUUUAUCGUUUCGAAUUACAAAUAUAAGUCAAAUAACUUUGUAGAUGUUGAACAAAGAAUUUACGCUAAACCACAAGCAAUUGACGAUGGUGAAUGUGACUUUGCAUUAGGCGAAGUUGAUCCAAUGUUAAGAAAACUUCAAGAAUAUUUCCAAGUACCUUAUCCACUUCCCAAAAUGGAUCACGCAUUGAUCAGGGAUUAUAUUUGGGGGGCAAUGGAGAACUUUGGUUUGAUUACUUAUCAAGAAACUAGCAUGUUAUAUGUCGAAGGGAGAGAUCCAGUCACGAGAAAAAAAAGCAUCAUUGAAUUAAUUGGACAUGAAUAUGUCCAUCAAUAUUUCGGAAACAUUAUUAAUCCUAAAUGGUGGAGUUACACAUGGUUGAAUGAAGGUUUUGCAACAUUAUUUCAAUACUACAUUUCGGAUUUGAUUUAUCCCGAAUCUGAUCAUAUGGAAAGAUUCCAGAACAAUGCACAAGCAGCUGCCUUUCGUGUCGAUGUAAUUGCUUCUGACUCUAAACCAUUGAAUUAUUACGUUGAAACACCGGAAAAUAUUCGAGCUAAGUUUUCUACAAUUUCUUAUCAGAAAGGUGGAAGUGUUUUGAGAAUGUUCCAAUCAGCGAUAACAGAUGAAACAUUUAAAAAAGGAUUGUAUUAUUAUUUGGGUGAAAUGUAUUAUACAGCAGCAACACCACAAGAUCUUCAUAGAAACCUUCAAACAGCUUAUGACGAAGACUUCCCUGGAAAUGGAGUGGAUUUGGAUGAAGUCAUGACAACAUGGGAAGAACAGGCUGGUUAUCCACUUGUCAAUGUCCAAAGAACAGGAUCAUCAAUCACUAUGACUCAAACAAGAUAUGGUGGCGGUAAUGAAAUUUACACAAUUCCCAUUUCAUACACAACGAAAUCAAAUCCAAAUUUCGAUGACAUGACACCGAAAUUGUGGAUGAGUGAAAAUACUGCAGCAAUUCCAGAUUUCCCAACUAAUGACUGGAUAAUUGUCAAUCUCGGAUUAAAUGGAUAUUACAGAGUCAAUUAUGACGCAAGCUUAUGGCAAUCACUUAUCGAAGGUCUCAAGGAAAAUCACCAAAUGAUUUCAGCUUAUCACAGAAAACAAGCUUUUAUCGAUAUGAACCCUUCAACAAACACUUUGGCUGAUGUAACACUCGCUUUCGAAUUGAUGUCUUACUUAUCAGCAGAAACUGAUUUGACUGUUUGGAAUACCGUGUCAAGAGUCGAGGGAGUUUUCUCGAAAUAUCUCUUCGGAACAAUGGCGCAUGAACAAUAUAAUGAAUUAAUUCUAUCAAUUGUUCAACCACAUUUAACUCGUCUUGGAUGGGUUGAAAGAGUUGGAGAGUCGGAAGAUGAUGCAAAUUUGAGAAAUGUCGUGGCUUCUUACAGUUGCAGUGCACUUAAUCAAGAAUGUUUAGAUGUUGAGCAUCAAAAGCUUUUAGACUUCUUAGCAGGUACCGGAUCAGCAUCAUUUAGAGUUUGUGAAGCAGUUAGAAAUGCUGAUGGAAACACACACAAAUUAUUGAUUGAUACAAUGUAUGUUCAUGACGACAAACUCAAUUUUAUUCAAAAUUUAGGAUGUUCCUUGAAUGCUGAUAUCUUAAAGAAUUAUUUGUCAAUAAUUCUCGAUCCAUUUAAUGGAUUGAGUGUUGGAGAACGAGCUCAAAUAUUGCUGUACACUUAUCGACAUAGUGCUACAGCUUUGCAAACAACUUUGGAAUUCAUUCAUGAAAAUUUCGGAGCAUUGGAUCAUGUAUUGGGCGAUUCUUUGAAAGAUCAAUUGCUUUCAAUGACAAGCUACAUCAACGACAAUAUUUACUUCGAUGUUUAUAAAAGAAUUUUAAGUGCCAUGCAAGCUGAAAACUUUUUAACAUCAGCUGAAGUUACAACAAGAACAAAUGCCGUUAAUUCAAACAUUGAAUGGGUAAACAGCAACUGGCAAAGUGUUGCAGCAUAUUUGAAUAUUCAAGAAACAACAACGACAACAACAGAAGCAACGACAACGACAGGUUCCCCAGAUUCAAUAACAACUUCUACAGAAGGGGCAGAAACAACAACUGGUGCAUCCCCAUCAUUUAUUGCAUCGUUAAUUUUAAUCGUUGCUUGUUUUGUUUCCAACCUUUUAAUCUAAGCUUCUCCAAAAUAUUUUUGCUGAAUUCAUAAUAAAAAUUGCUUUUGAUUAUUUGCAAAGUAUAAAACAAAUUUUUUAACAAAUUUAAUCAUUCUUCUAAUUCACUUCCACUAUCA